AUGCAGUGUGCGUCGAACAAGAAAGCCUCUGGAGAGAGGCAUCAUGGUCUUGGCAGCGUACGGCAGAUAGAGGCCGCCACGACGACAGCCCUGACCACGAUAGGAAUCACACAUUUCCACGCGCUGGGUGCUGCUCACCGAGAUUGGGGGAACACUGCACUGGAAACAAAACGAAACAAAAAAAAAAAAAGGUGA